CGAAUCCAAUAGGUAGACAGCAUAUCCGGUUUCUCUUUCUUGGGAAUUGUGGCAAAAUGACCUGCAAACGCCGAAAUGGUGGACGUGCAAAGCACGGCCGGGGACAUGUCAAUCCUGUCCGCUGCACCAACUGCGCCCGUUGCGUUCCAAAGGACAAGGCGAUAAAGAAGUUUGUAAUUCGUAACAUCGUCGAAGCGGCUGCUGUCAGGGAUAUUACCGAAGCUAGCGUUUAUUCUGCCUAUCAGCUACCCAAACUCUAUGCCAAGUUACACUACUGUGUAUCCUGCGCUAUUCACUCCAAGGUUGUUCGCAACAGGUCCAAGGAAGCACGACGCAUUCGUACGCCUCCACAGCGCAACUUUCCCAGGGACAUGCGUCAAGGACAGCAACAAAGGAAGUGAAUGAAAUCAUGUGUAAUUUCUAAGCCCAAAUAAAUUUACAAAACUUGA